CAAAAAGCAAACUUACACCGAUUCGUGAUCCACUCACAAUACCCCGUGCCGAAUUAAGUGGUGCAGUUUUGGCAGUCAAAUUGUUUAAUUCUGUGCAAACCAUGUUUCGAUUGCAAAUUCACCAAACAAUUUUCUGGACCGAUUCAUCGAUCGUUUUAUCAUGGAUUCGCGGAGAUCCAAAUCUUUGGACGACAUUUGUUUUCAAUCGUAUUCAUCACAUUUUAUCCUUCACGGAAAUUGAACAGUGGCGUCACAUCGAAUCAAAACAAAAUCCUGCUGAUUGCAAUAGCAGAGGUUUAAACGUCACUCAAUUACGUGACUCAACUUUGUGGUGGAAAGGGCCAAGUUUUCUUUCCUUACCUGAAUCUCAAUGGCCAAUUUCUAAAUUUGAUUUGGCCUCCGACGACAAAAAAGAGCUUCGAUCGAAAUUCAAGUCUGUCAACGUCACAAUCAACGAAACGCCACGCAUCGAAUCCAUAAUGCAACGAUUUUCAAAUUUCAAUCGCUUACGACGUUCGAUCGCCUACGCCAUUCGCUUUGUGCAUAACGUACAACGUUCAAUCAAACUCAAACUGCCAAAAUCGAAACUAUCCCAUUCAGUCAAUGAAUUAAUCAAACGAGUCGAUCCCCUCACCGUCGCUGAAAUUCAAACCAGCGAGAAUUGCAUCGUACGAUGGGUGCAGUCUCUCGAAUUUUCGGCCGAAUUACAUUCAAUCCGUCAACAAAAAUCGAUCGACCGAUCCAGCAAAAUCUAUAAACUCAAUCCAUUUCUUGAUGAAAAUGAUUUGCUACGCGUCAACGGCCGUUUACAAAACGCUUUCAUGCCGUUCAACGAAAAAUUUCCAAUCAUCCUUCCAUCAAAGAGUCGGCUAGCAUGGUUAAUCGUUAAAUUUUAUCAUCAGCUCACAUUGCACGGCGGCCCGCAAUUGACCGCUGGCCCAUUCGACAUUCAUGCAUCAAAAGGUCGAGGCCAAUCGUCAUACAAGGGAUAUGUGGCCGUAUUUACAUGCAUGGUCACCAAAGCAGUUCACUUGGAAGCAGCCGGCGAUUUGACCGCUCAAACAUUCUUGCAUGCACUCGACCGUUUCAUCGCAAGACGAGGGUUUUGUCACGAUUUGUUUUCCGACAACGGUACCAAUUUGGUUUUGGACGUUUCGUCUGACAGUGUGAACAGCAUACAAGUAAUAGCUGCUGCAAGUAAAUCAUAA